AUGGCAGCAAGUAGCUUACACAACGAUAUGGACUCUAGAGAAAUCAAACCGGUGUCUCUGGAAGGAUCCGGCGACUCUUUCCAAGAGGUGGCCAAGGUUCCAACUGUUAGCUCGUUUCGUCACGACAAGAAGAAUAUAUACAUCAAUGACGUUCCAAUUGACAAGAACGAAUUCACAAAGGCCUUUGGCGGUACUUUUGAAGUUGGUAGUCGCAAGGUCACUAGCGCAAUGCGGAAGUUUGCCAACCCUGUUCCGGCAGGCUUGGCAGCCUUUUCUGCUUCGGCCAUCUCCAUUGGUUUGGUUCAAAUGCAUGCUAGAUCGGUUACUGCCCCAAACACUCUCUUAGGCGCAUUUCUAACUACUUCGGGUGUGGUUGAAUUGAUUGUGGGGAUUUUAUGCUUUAUUGUUAACAACACAUGGGCUUGUUGUACAUUUUUAAUGUUUGGAGGUUUUUGGUCAUCAUAUGCCUUUGUUUUAAUGAAUGUAGGCGGUAUCAAGGAAGCAUAUGCAAAUGAUUAUCAAUAUGGUCAAUCGGUUGCUAUUUUCUUUUUACCUUGGUCACUUUUCGCCUUUUUCUUGUGGAUUUGCACAUUUAAAUCCACUCUAACGUUAUCGGCAUUGAUGUUUUUCAUUUGGUUUUUCGUGUUUUUAUUUACAAUUUCACAAUUUAUUGGCAGCGUCAAGUUAUUCAAAGCAGGUGGCUUUUUCGCAAUUUUGGCUGGUUGUUUGGGAUUCUACAAUAUGCAGGCCGGCUUGAUGGAUAAAACGAACUCAUAUUUCACUAUUCAUGCUAUUCCACUACCCCAAUAUAAGCACAAUGAUGAAGAACAUGCAACUGAAGAAGUCUGA